AUGACAAAAACAGGGGAAGAAGCUGCUAACAGGAUCAAACGUAUUGUGGAGAGCCGAAAGGGCGUGCAAGGAAUAAUAACCAGGCAGCAAACGAAACGGGAUGGAGCCGGCUCUACAGAAAUCAACGGACCCGGAUCAACUCAUAUGGCAAAUCGCGAUGCCCCAUCGACCCAACCUUCGACGAUCGUUCUGGAACUGAUCGAAACGGACAAAAAUUUCCCGGACCACCCGUCUCAAGUAGGGAAGUUCCUGAAAAGGAAAGGCUUCUCUCACUUCACGGAGAUUGGAAAGGUGGGGAGGUUUAGGUUUAAAGUUGAAACCUCAGACGUUCGACGAAUGAAAAGCUUGAACCUGGAAGAAGGAAACCUUCGAAUCUACGAGCCGAAGAACCUCAAUCAAACGAUCGUUUUCGUAAGGGGAGUUCCACUCAAUUUCGACGAAGAGGAGAUGCUGGAGAACAUCGAAGCAGACUUCCCAGUGGUCAAAGUACAACGGAUAAAAAGGCGGAACAGAAACAAGGACCUAGUGGACACCUACAACAUCAAAGUAACGGUAGAAGGAGGACGGGUACCCAACAGAGUCAAAAUAUAUGGCUGUAAUUUCAGGGCUGAAUUAUAUAUAUUCCCCAUUAGACAGUGCAAACAUUGUUGGCGAUACGGACACGGUGCCAAGUACUGCACCUCCAUGACUCACUGUUCUUCUUGUGGAGGAUCGCACGUCAUAAGAAAAUCCGACUAG